AUGCCCGGAUACCACUACAUCGUCUCGCUUUUCGGUACUAGCAAGAUGGAUGGUGUACGCGCCAGCAUCUACAUGUUCGACGUGAUGCCAGCAACACAGGCCAUGAUGCAGAUAUCGCAGAAUAACCACAGUCCACGCGAAUCCCCCAUCUAUGUGCUGCGCUGCUUUUCAAAGUUCCGUGAGCUCGACGUACCACCACUGACCAGCUUCGCUGCCGUCCAUGUGCUGGUGCGCGAGAACCGCGUAAAGGCAACGACUAUCCGUAUUCGCGAGAACAGCAGUUUGACGACGUACAAAAUCAGCUUACAGAGCACCGCGGCAUCAAAGGGUCCAGAGCGGAUUCUGCUACACGACUUGUUUGGCAUAAUGAAGCGUGGGCUCGAGCUCGAGUACAUCGAGGCCAGCCAGACCCUUAUCGUCUACGAUAACCACUCGACCAAAGAGGACCUAGCACGCAUGGCACCAAGGUCAACCAACUCAACAAAUGACGCACUAGAGAAGCAGAAGAUCCAGACGAUCGUUGUGUGUGUCGAGGAUCCGACUACGGGCGGAAUCCAUGCACGCGCGUUCUUCCCUGGAACAAAGUACACGGAGGCAAACAUGCCGGUGCUCGCCACACCAUAUCUAGGCAGCCAGUGGACCCGCAAAGCUACCGCCAACUUUGUCGAGAUUUCGUGGAGCAUGCUCGACAGACACUGCCACAUAAUCAAGCAGACAGCGCCCGACAAGUCGAUCGCCCUCAUGACCAAGACAAUCACGCUGCAAGCGUCGAAUGCAUAGACAACUCUCCGCUGCCCCACCAAGACCUUGUGAUACAAUGUACCGAUAUGCUUAAUAAAC